GACAGGGACAGCAGAGCACGAAAGACAGACAGGUCAGACAGGGACAGACAGACCAGACCAUACAGACAGACAGACAGGACCAGACAGACAGAAGGUACAGAAGGACAGACAGACAGAAGACGACAGGAACAGAACGACAGACAGUCAGACAGUACAGACAGAAGAACAGGACAGACCAGACCAGACAUUGACAGACAGACAGACAGACAGGACAGACAGACUGACAAAGAACAGAAGACAGACCAGACGAACAGACCGACAGACAGACAUGACAAGACAGACAGACAGACAGGACAGGACGAACAGGACCAGGACAGACAGACAGACAGACAAGACGAGGGACAGACCAGGAAUGGACAGACAGACAGACAGUACAGACAAGACAGACAGACUGGUCAGGACAGAACAGACAAGGAAAGAGACAGACAGACACAGACAGCACUGACGACAGACAGGAACAGCACAGACAGACAGACAGCCAGACAGACAGACAGACAGACAGCAGACAGACACGACAGACCAGACAGACAAGGACAGGACAGACAGACAGAUACAGACAGCCCCUACAUCACAGACAGACAGAAACACGAGACAGGCACAGACAGACAUGACAGGAAUGACGACCAGACAGACAGACAGUCAGACACGACACGAACAGGACAGACAGACAGGAACAGACAGUACAAAAAGAACACGACACGACCAGACAGACAAGCUGACAGACAGACAAACCAAAAUCCCGCCCCGCAACACCACCGCCCCCCCACCCACGCCACCUCGACCACCAGUCCCCCUCACGCGACCCACGAUACCCUCGGACCAGACCACCCCCACAGGCUAACCCAGACACAGACAUACAUAGACCACCAGCACACUAAACCGCCCACAUCUCACGAACACACACUAAAUCACCCCCGAGCCCCACUAUCCACCAUACCAUCUCCCCCCCACCAAGCCCGACACCCCCCCCCCACCGCCACACACCCUCCCCGACAGACACACAGAUCAGACAGACAGUACCAGCACAUGACAGACAGACAGACAUCCCGAAGCCACCACCGCCCACCCAGCCUACCCAGGAUAACACGACCACCACCCUCCACACCCCCUAACGACACUCAACCGCCACAACGCCACCCCAGACUGAUUUUCGUUGCCUCCGACCUAUUUCAAGCAUCCACUCCCCCAGCACCAAAGACAGACCCCAGCCCGCAUCCCCCCGCCCCCUCCACGCCCGCCCUCCCCCCUCGCUAG